AUCAACCAUGACUUGCCCCGGAGAUUGGCCGGAGCCGGUUGUCCGAGUGCAAUCCUUAUCGGAAAGCGGUAAACCAGUAAUUCCCGACAGAUACAUCAAACCGCCGCCGGAUCGGCCCUCCGCUAACUCAUCACCGCCCCACAUAAACAUACCUCUCAUCGACAUGGCCGGUCUGACCAGCGACGAUCUCGCCGUCCGGGAAGCAACGUUGAAAGAAAUCUCGGAGGCCUGCCGCGAGUGGGGGUUUUUCCAGGUGAUCAAUCACGGAUUGAAAGGGGAAUUAGUGGAUGGAGCUCGGGAGAUUUGGCGGGAGUUUUUUCAUGAAUCGAUGGAGGUGAAGCAAAAAUACGCCAAUUCACCCAAAACAUAUGAAGGAUAUGGAAGCAGAUUAGGGUUCCAGAAAGGAGCAAUACUUGAUUGGAGUGAUUAUUACUUCCUUCACUAUCUUCCUUCUUCUCUAAAGGAUCACCAUAAAUGGCCUGCAAAACCACCUUCUUUGAGGGAAGUUGUUGAAGAAUACUCGAAAGAGAUAGUGCGGUUGGGUAGCGUUUUAUUAGAGGUAUUUUCUAUAAACCUCGGCUUAAAACACGAUUACCUCCAAAAUGCGUUUGGUGGAGAGGACAUCGGGGCUUGUUUGAGAGUGAACUUCUAUCCAAAAUGCCCACAACCCGACUUAACCCUUGGUCUAUCGUCUCACUCUGAUCCUGGUGGCAUCACCUUUCUCCUUCCCGAUGAGAACGUCAGCGGACUUCAAGUCCGACAGGACCAACAAUGGGUCACCGUCAAACCAGCCCGACAUGCCAUUAUCGUCAACAUCGGAGAUCAGAUUCAGGUUUUAAGCAACGCCAUAUAUAAGAGUGUGGAACAUCGGGUGAUUGUGAAUCCAGACAAAGAGAGGGUGUCAUUGGCGUAUUUUUAUAAUCCAAAGAGUGAUUUGCUUCUUCAUCCUGCACCGGAGUUGGUGACGCCUGCAACACCGGCGCUUUAUCCCUCUAUGACUUUUGAUGAAUACAGACUGUUCAUACGAACCAGAGGUCCGCAAGGGAAAUCACAAGUAGAGUCUUUAAGAUCACCCAAAUGACUUCUUACCCUUUUCCUUAUGUGUUAUAUGUAUACGUGACGUACAAUAAAUUCAACAUGUACAAUUAUCAGUUUCUUAAUUUGUAAUUUAUA